AUGGACCAGUCAGCUCGCUCCAAGCGCACUUCCAACGCAUGCCAGCGAUGCCGAGCUCGCAAGGUCAAAUGCUCCGGCACGCAGCCGUGUGACAAGUGUCGCAAUCGGCAGCAAGACUGUGUUUUUGAGGAAGAUCGGAAGAUUGUAGUUUCUGAAGAAUUGUUUCUUUCGCUGAAGAGAAAAGUGAGCGAACUAGAAGGCUCGCUUACAUCGACCCCGUCAAAGCGGCCUCGCGUCUUACAGAGUCAUGCCAGUAACUCGGUGUCUAGCUGUUUAAAAGAAGCACCACAGUCAGUGUCAGAACCAUGCGGACUCGCUACGCCUGAGCAACAGGAGUUGAAUCGACAUGAUGAGCGAUUCGCCGCCAAUCCCUUGGUAUCACCAUCCACCUACGUGAAGAACAGCGGGCGCACACAACGGGCUUGGUUACUUCUCGGUCCAACCUCUACAUGGUCGUUCAGUCGUCGGGUCCUCAGCACGAUACAGACCCGACUUAACCCUACAAGCUCUAAGCCGAUCCCUCUGGCUGUCGACGGUGAAGCAUAUCAGAUUCACUGGCGACAGGCCAGCUCGGAGGAGAUCCCGGAUAUAAGCGGACUCCCUUCUCGCGAUCAAGCGAUCUACAUGCUCAACACGGUCCGUUUCCAUUUCGGCCAUCUGUAUCAGCUCAUUGAUGAGGAGGACUUUACCCGUAACUUGGAGGAGUUCUAUCAUAAUGCAUCCGCAAAGGUCCAGGAGUCCAGGCUGUGGUACGUGCAGUUUCUCGUCGUGCUGGCCUUCGGAGAGGCACUGUUGGCGCCUGUUCGAAGGGCAUCGAAUACUUCAUCUUGGACAAAGUAUUUCUCCCGCGCGAUGUCACUGUUACCAGAUACCACGGCGCUCUGGCAGGAUCCGCUGCUAGCUAUUGAGGUUCUGGCGCUGAUUGCACUGUACCUUCACUCGGUGGAUAUGCGGGACUCGGCCUAUUGCUAUAUCGGUCACGCCAUGCGUAUGGCUCUGGUGGAAGGGUUGCAUCGUGCUCUUCCAGUCGAGCAACUUGGUGAGAAGCGCGUCGAACGGUGUACUAAGAUCUGGUGGACGGUAUACAUUCUCGACCGCAAGUUCUCUUCAUUGAUCGGGUCGCCGACCUCGGUGAAUGAUGAGGAUGUGACCACCGUCCUGUGGGACCCGAAGAGCUGCUCCCAAGAAACCGCCGCUUUGAGCCUUCAUGUCAAGAUCACGCAGGUUAUCACGCGGGUGCUGAAUACGGUGUACAGUGCAAAUGGGAAGUUGGGCGGCGUCUUCCUUCAUGGCAUUCGCUCCAUCUUACAUGAGAUGACCGACCUGUCUCGGGAAUUAGAGGAGGUUUUCGCUCAUCGAUUUUCGAGUUCAGUGGAUACUCUUUCUGGUGUGACCACUCGGUUGACACUUUCAUGUCAUUCGUGCAUUAUUGUCACGGCUCGUCCACUCAUCCUAAGUUUGCUCUGGGAACGACUAAGCUGCUUCGAAGACGGCGACGUCUUCCGAAGUCUAUCCUCUCCCGUCCGAACCUUGAUCCAAGCGUGUAUCGAUUCGGCACUCAAAUCAUUGAAGAUACUAACGGCCCUGCGAGACCAGAAUCUCCUUGAAAGUUUUCUCCCCUUCGACCUUGAGAACCUCUUCUCGUCCUUCUUUAUUCUCUCCUUAAUCACUGCCGUCUUGCCGGGCACACUGCCAGACCACAGUUACCGCGAUAUGGGCUUCAGUCUGUUAGACGUGAUGAUCGCCAGGGGUAACCGAGUCGCUCAACUUCGCAGAUCGGAGAUUGAGCUUCUCGAAGAGUUGGUGCAACCACUUAUACAGCCAGAGAACCCUCACCGCGAAGAGGACCCGGGGAUAUCUCUCACUGAGUCAAUCAAUGAAAGAAGUUCUGUGGCACAAGAGGUGCAACAUGGAAUGGGUCCGGAUGCAGAAGGCCCCGGUCCGACUCCUGCAGUUACAGUCAGUGCGACACAGGAGGAGGAGCUCCUUUUUGACUGGCGGGAUUUUGGACUAUCUUUGAAUCAUAUGCUCUCGGCGACGGAUGAGCUGAACGCGAACAGCUUGGAGGGCGAGGAGUUACCGGCUGACUUGUGGUUGUGGGGUGAUGGCUAG